AUGGUGAAGGCGUGGCGUGCUGCACUCCUAGUGGUCCUCCUGGUCUUGCUCUCGGGCAGCGGCUUUCCCUUCCCUAACUCUCUCUUCGUUGGAGUGUCCGAUGCUCAAAGCUGCAGGCAAGUGGUGACCCAUACCAACAGCACUACGAACGGCAAGCUGGCGUCUGAGGUGCCUCGGGUUGCGCAACGGCUCGACGUCCAGGCCGACCUCAACGUGCUUCACUUCACCGCCGUCUUCUCGCAGAGCGAGGAUCCCAAAUGGACUCUCGAGUCGGUUGAGCUGUACUCCGACACUGGGGAUGGGCUUCAGCCCAGAAUCCCGCUCGCCAACGGCGCCUUCAACAGCACCGGAGCCCCCAUCGACACCACCGGUGGUGGUGGUGGUGGAACCACCCAGUUUCGGUUCAACGCCACCGCCAAGGGGGGCAUUGCGCUGGCCAACGGCACCAGCUACUGGCUUGUGCUGGCCUUCGCCGACGGCAGCUACCGCGCGCUUCAGGGCUCCACCAUCCCCUACGACGGCGCGCCAAUCGGCGGCCUGGUCGGGCUGGGCGGUAAGGUUGUGGUGGAGCCGCAGCAGGGAGGGUGGGUCGACAGCAACGAGGUGGUGGCCCUCAGCAUCGACAUCUUCGGCUGCCUCCAGCCCUCACCCUCACCCUCGCCGUCGCUAUCGCCCACGUCCAUGCCCGCACCUUCCAUGCCUCCGGCUGCCUCGCGUUCGCCGGCCAGGUCGCCGACGCCGAGCCCGUCGGCCUCGCGCGCGCCCGCGGUGUCGCCGCUGGCGACCGGCGUUGAGGUGGAUUUCGGCAGCGAGGAGCCCACCUUUGACCUUCCCGUCCCGUACGGUGUGAGCGUCGUGAACACGACAGUGGGCGGGGCUGAUGAAUCGAUUGUGGUGGAGACCCACACCUACGCUAGCCUGCUUGCCGACAACGCCACCACCUUUGCCCAGAUCUUCGCCUUCUACGCGCAGGCGGUCGACGACACUGCGUUCGACGCGUUGGACCUCACCAUCCGCCCCAACACCGUCAAGUGGUCCAUCAACAUCACCACCGCUAACGGCAACGCAUCGUCGCUGAGCCAGCAGCCGUUCAGCGUCAGCUACAGGCUGGCCGACCUGACCGCCACCGAGGCCGCCGCGGCGACGGCGACGGUGGUCAAGCGCCGCGGGGAGCCGCGGGCCAACAUGACCACCUACUGCGUGCCCCUCACGUCAUCGGGCACGCCGCUGGUGGCAGUGGUGGAGGUGUUCGACGUCGCGCUGGCCGACGGCACCCUCGUGCCGCUGGUCGGCCACGACGUGCGCCUCGCCAGUGGAUUACUGUCGCGGCGGGAGCAGGCGGUCUACGAGUACGAGCUGGUGCUGGAGUUCGCGCCGUUCAACCAGUCGCUGUACUACGACCCGUCGCUGGGCCUGGGCGUGCUGCUGGGCCGGUCUGAUGCCUCUGGCGACGGCAAUGGAGACGAUGACAACCUCGCCUUGGUAGUGGCCACGUCGGUGGUCAUCCCCCUGGCGUUCGUGCUGGUGGUGGGCGCCGUCGUGGUGGGCGUCGCAGUGCUGUGGUGGCGCAAGAGGCGCGCCAACGCCCAUCUGCAGCACCAGAUCGACCAGAUGCGCGACAACAGUGCCCUCUGA